UCGUUUGUCCUUAUUAACGUCCCAUUGCGCUUGUGGACGAUUGUCAAGAAUUGAUUCCAAUAGCAUCGUGAAAUCCGCCAUGCCCUAUCUCAGUGUCUUUGUAACCUCUCCCGAUACCCAUUCGGAGCGCAGAUUUGAUUCGGGUCUCACUGUUCAGCAGCUCAAGGAUAAGCUCACCCCAAUUACCGGUAUUUCACCUCAGUAUCAAGUAAUAAAAAUCUGUCGAUCGGCCGAUCAGACCUCUGGCCCUCCUUUGGCGGUGCUUGAUGACGACUCCCGGACAUUGGCAAGCUACGGUCUGGAGGAAUGGAAUUGUAUUAAAGUAGACAAUAUCGAUCCUAACUACCGCCCAGGGGAAUUCACCGACGAAUCCAAUCUAGAGCGUUUUGAACUGAGCCCUGAAGAAUACGCUGCUCGUUCAGACACUGUCCUUGCUCAUCUGAAAGCCAACAAGCUAGGACGAUUUGCUGAUGCUCCAACCACUCUCGAUUCCCCUCUUCCUCCUCCCCCAAUGAUCAUGGACCCGACUAUCGUCCCAGGAAAGAGGUGUGAGGUAUCACAUGGUGAAGAUGGGAUGGCAAAAAGAGGCACAGUGAGGUUUGUCGGGGAAGCAAAGAUCGGAAAGGGUGGAAUCUGGGUUGGAGUAGAGCUUGACGAGCCUCUGGGGAAAGGAGAUGGAGAAAUUGAGGGCACGAGAUACUUCUCAUGCUUACCAAAGCAUGCUGUUUUUGUCAGAUCUGCGAAAGUCACAGUGGGGGACUUCCCGGAAGAGGACAUCUUUUCCGACGACGAAAUAUAGUUCAUUCCAUACAUACGACAUAUAUAUAAAGUGCACAUAAAAUUCGGGCUUUGCAUACAGCUCGGUAAAGUCAAGCGUCCCUUACCUGUUUAACUACUCACAAAAAUGUCUCUUCAACCAAAACUUCGAC